AUUCCAGUGCAUGUUAUGUAAGAGAGAAUGACAAGCGGCCCAAAGACUCUAGGAGUUACCUCGGCUAUCAGCACUGCCGAACCUAAACCUUUGGAUAUAAAGCUCAGUAACGAUCUUGAAGAUGUUCUACGAAAGUUUGACAUAUUCGAGCCAGAGAACGAACUAAACGAACGUAUAAAUGUUUUACAGCAACUAAAUGCUUUGGCUAAGCAAUGGAUUAUUGAUCUUAGCAUCCAGAGAAAUAUAUCCAGGGGAAUCGCUGAGCAAGUCGGUGGAAAGAUUUUUACAUUUGGUUCAUACAGAUUAGGAGUUCACACUCGAGGAGCCGAUAUAGAUACACUGCUUGUUGCACCACGCCACAUCGACCGAGUUGAUUUCUUUUCAACAUUCUUUGAAGUAUUGCAGGGUCAUCCAAAUGUUACUGACCUACGAGCUAUCGAGGAAGCGUACGUGCCAGUCAUGAAAUUCCACUUCAAAGGAAUUGAGAUUGAUCUGCUGUUUGCAAGACUAGCACUUCAGUCGAUACCGGAUAACCUUACGUUAGGAGACAUAAACCUGCUUCAAAACCUGGAUUACAAAUGUGUCAAGAGUUUGAAUGGUUGCAGAGUGACUGAGGAUAUCUUGACAUUAGUGCCUAAAGCUGAGAGUUUCAGACUAGCUUUGAGAGCCAUUAAACUUUGGGCCAAACGAAGAGGAACAUACAGUAACAGUCUCGGGUUUCUUGGUGGCGUUUCCUGGGCUAUCCUAAUGGCUAGAGUCUGCCAGUUGUAUCCAAAAGCCGCGCCUGCCACUUUAGUUCAGAAAUUCUUCCUCGUUUUCGACCAAUGGAAGUGGCCUACCCCGGUGAUGUUGCGACACCCUGAAGACAUACCCUCUGCUAACCUCCCUUUCCCUGUUUGGGACUCCAGAAACAACCCUUCUGAUAGGGCUCACCUCAUGCCCAUUCUAACGCCCACUUUCCCUCAACAAAACUCUACCUUCAACGUAACCAUCAGCACUAAAAACGUUAUGGCUCAGGAGUUCAAAAUAGGUUUAGGUGUCUGCGAGGACGUAUUUUCUGGUAAAACCGACUGGAAUUCCCUCUUCGAACCCUCAGACUUCUUCCACAGAUACAAGCACUACAUUAUCAUACAAGCUAUGGGUGCUGACAAUAAAGAGCAUCUCGAGUGGAUCGGUUUAGUGGAGUCUAAGAUAAGGAUCCUGGUAGGGAAUUUGGAGCGAUGCCAAUACAUUGAGUCUGCCCACAUUAACCCCACUGGCUACACUCACGUGGAUAAGGAGCUCUACCCAUUUACUACACAGUGGUUAAUUGGACUGAGUAUAGCGAGACCGACUGAUUCGACCCAGCCAAUCGCCCUAGACCUGACUGAGCCGAUCCAGCGUUUUGUCAGCGUUGUUUAUCAGGUUGCUACUAAUAAUUCAAAAGUAACGGAGUCUAUGCAAGUAAAAGCGCAACACGUUAAGAAAAGGCAACUCUCGGAGUACAUCUCACCUGCCAUAUUAAAACAGGGGAGAAAACGGAAUAAGAAGAGUAGUUUAUCUUUGUUGGACGGAUCUAAUAACACAAUGGGCUCAUCUUUUAACGACAGCAUCAAGAGUGUAAACACGAGCAGUACAGUACUUCCAGAGCGGGGAGAGAAGCGGUUGAGCGAAGUGCACGCCUCACAGGAACCAGCCAAAAAGCAGCGUUCUGAUACGGAAACGUCACGUGAUGGUACACGUGACUCGGAGAACGUGCAUAGCAACGUGCAUAGCAACGAGGAAGUGCGCAAGCGGCCAGAUAACCAGUGUUUCUCGUGAGGGUGGGACACUGGCUUACUGGUCACUAGUAGUCAGAGGUCAAGGUGCGAGUGCAAUGUUACAUAGUGCACGUGUAGCGUUACACCGUGCACUUUUAGUGUUACACGAGCAGCGUUACAUCGUGCACUUUUAGUGUAACAUCGUGCACUUUUAACGUUACGUCAUGCACGUUUAGCGUUAAAUCGUGCACUUUCAGCAUUAGAUCGUGCACGUGCAGCGUUAAAUCGUGCACGUGCAGCGUUAAAUCUUGCACGUGCAGCAGAGAGUGGACUGUACCGGACAAGUUUACAGAUAUUUAAUAUUAGGUUUGCAAUUCGCGAGGUUGACGUCCAUAGAAUAGAUUGCUUAUUUUUGGUAGAGUCGCAUAUACAUUUCCUCAGUUAGAAAAAUAUAUAUGUUCUUGUUGGUGAUUAAACUUUAAACCACCAGCUCCAUCAAAAGUAUCAGAUCAACUACCGAAAAUAGCCAGUUGUUCUAGAUUUGAUAUAAACAGUGUUGCUAUGGUUACUUACAUAUUGAACUGUGUUACGUUGAUAUUGGUUUUGUGACUAUUAAAUAGUUAUAAGUAUAACCAGCUCGUCGAAAUAUAUAAUUAUCAUCAUUAAUACUAUGUUAUUAAUUAAUUAAUUAAUAAGAUUAAUUAAUUGAUUAAUACUAUGCUAUUCUAUUUAUGAGCUAUUUUUAUCAUACGUCUUUGAGAACCCCUUCUCUUAAAUUCACAGAAAAUUUUGCUCUUUCAUCAAAUAAUUUAAUAACGAAUUGAGUUGUAGGUUGUGCACUUUUAACAUUAUCGAUCUCUUAAACUUUGUGGAAAUGAAGGGGUUCAUCAAGACAAACAUUUAUUGUGAUUAAUG